AUGUACAUAUACAUCAAAUGGCCAAAGUCCAUCCGUCUCCAGAGGCAGAAACUGUCUGUUAUCAUUGCAGCAACUUCUCUCUGCAAGAUUCUCCUCAAGUAUAGGCCUGAGGACAAGGCAGCCAAGAAAGAACGUCUUCUCAAGAAGGCUCAGGCCGAGGCUGAGGGAAAGCCUGCUGAAUCGAAGAAGUCAAUUGUCGUGAAGUAUGGUCUUAACCAUGUUACAUACCUCAUUGAGCAGAACAAGGCACAGUUGGUCGUGAUUGCUCAUGAUGUGGACCCGAUUGAGUUGGUUGUCUGGUUGCCUGCACUGUGCAGGAAAAUGGAAGUUCCUUACUGUAUUAUCAAGGGGAAGUCAAGAUUAGGAGCGAUUGUUCACCAGAAAACAGCAGCUUGCUUGUGUUUGGUAACAGUGAAGAACGAGGACAAGAUGGAGUUCAGCAAAGUCCUUGAUGCCAUUAAGGCAAACUUCAAUGACAAGUAUGAGGAGUACAGGAAGAAGUGGGGAGGUGGGAUAAUGGAAUCCGAAUCACAUGCCAAGACUAAGGCUAAAGAGAGAGUUCUAGCCAAGGAAGCUGCGCAGAGGAUGAAUUAA